AAGAAUAUUAGGAGAGCUACUACUAUUAACAUGACUAGUGGGCUUAUAAUCGUUAUUAUUUACUGACAUAUUAGAGGAACCACCACCACUACCGUUGUUGCUAUUAUUAACUGGUUGGAAAACAUUAUUUUUUGUCGGUAAAUUAGAAGUAUUACCAUUAUUAUUACGGUUAAUGGUAUUAAAAGUAUUAUUUACUGAUAAAUUAGAAGGUCCACUACUACCAAUAUUAGCGACCUUGUUUUUCGUCAAUAUGGAUGAACGAUUACUAUCUAUAAAGUUAAAAACAUCAUUAUUUAUCUUUGUUGGUAAAUUAGAAAAACUGUUGUUUUUAAUAUAGUUUACGGAGUGAGGAAUACGUGGUAAACUAUACAUUUUAAUUAUAUAUAAUUAGAACAAAAGUAUUGUU